CGACGACAGGAAACAUGGCAACUGAAGAAGAAAAGGUGGUUGUGGCUGCUGAAGAAGAUAACGAAAACGAUGAAGGCGGUGUUGAAACCGGUGCCUCGGAAGAGCCGCAAGCAUACUUUGAACCCGUUGUCAAGCUCAACGAAGUCGAAGUUGUGUCCGGUGAAGAGGACGAAGAAGUGUUGUAUACUACACGCGCAAAGCUGUUCGACUUCCGCGAAACGUUACUGAACAAGGGCACUGGUGAAAAGACUUGGUGCGAACGUGGCGUGGGCAACGUUCGCUUUUUGAAGCACAAGGAAGCCGGCAAGGUUCGUCUCCUGAUGCGUCAAGAAAAGACGCUGAAGAUCCUGAUCAACCACUUGGUCGAAUCCCGUGCCACUUUGUCUGCAAACAUGGGCAGCGACCGUGCUUGGGUGUGGACGUGCUACGACUUUUCCGAAGGCGUCGUCGAACCCAAGACAUUUGCCCUUCGAUUUACCAGCGCUGAAAAUGCGCAAGCAUUCAAGGAAGCUCAUGAUGAAGCGAAGAAGACCAACAAGGUGUUGGAAGCUGGCUCUGAUGCUGCUGACACUACUGCCGGUGACGAAGCCGCGAAGGCAUUGGAAGGGCUGGCCGUGAAGAAGGAUUAACCCGAUGUCAGUGGAAACUGUGGCGACGAGACUACUCAGCGAGUGCAAGGUAGUGCCCGCGCCAACAGGUGGUUCCGCAGUUAAUUCGCUCUAAUUUUAUAUUUCAAUCAACCACCUGUGGCCAGAACUUCAUCAAAUUCCAACAUGCAUACUCGAUCCAACGGGGCUUUGGUUGCUGGAUGGAGUUCAUCACGAUCGUUGACGACAGUGCCAUUGACAGGGUUAGCUCUUGAAGUACAGCCAAAGCCAGCCUCUUUUGUACACUUCAAACAUGGACACUAUCCGUCCGCGAGGGUGUUGAUUGCCGCCUGG